AUGGCGUCUGAUGAUCGAUCAUCAGUUGAAUCAGCAUCAUCUUUAUGUGAGGAGUAUCCUUUCCCUUUAGAUUCAAGUAAAGAACUUAGCCGCCGUUUUGCGGUACUUCAAUAUUCUCUUGAUGAGUUCCCCCAAGUUGAUUCUUAUGCUAAAGUAGGUCAAAUUGAUUACAUUAAGCAACUACUUCAGAGUUCAUCUGAUUUACUUAAAGUGUAUCCAGAUUUGGUCAAUGACCUGAAAGGGUUUUUAACACUGAGAGUCCCCAAGAUACUUUCCAUCGUGAUUGAUUAUUUGUUGCCUCACUUUGUAGGAGAUAACGGAACCAACCUCCUAUUAGUUUCUAAAACUUAUCGUCUUUUGGAAACAAUCUACUUUGUAGUGGAUCUGUUUGCAAUUGAGACAAACAUUGCCUUGACCAAUGAGGUUCUAGCGAAAACGUAUGGGCUCUUAAAACAAGAUACCUUUUGGAAAUCCCUUUAUCCCCAGCAAAUCAUUGAAUUGAUAUUAAUGAAAUCCAAACCUAAACUGGGUAUUCUUUGUCUUUUUGAAGGGCUGUUCUGGACUCAAAGACCAGAUAAUAAUACUUAUCUACAUUUGUUCAAGUUGUUUUUUUCCAAUUACGAAUCUGAACCCAAUGAAAGAAACCUGGAGGCCAUAGAUCAACAUAUUGUAAAUAUCUGUGAACUUCUAGAUAGGAAUAUUAGUAACGACGAGAAACAACAACAACCAUAUAUUGAAGGAGCUUUAGCAUUACAUGAUUUUGAAUUAAGAAGGUUACAUCCCGCCACCGUGAUACAUCAUUGCGACAAUAGAAACUCAACAAUAAUCAAUGCCAAUAAGAAUCAAAAUGGUGCUACAUCAAAAAGUAGAGCAGCUAGUUACAAAGAGCUUCGAAAAGAAAGAGAUAGACUUAAGAAAUUGGCACUGCCAUUUUCUAAUAGACAAACCAGCGGCGGAAAUAUUAGCAGCUUUGAAUUUGAGUUAGGGAAAGAGAAUGCUCCUAAUGUAUUUCUUCGUGUGUCUAAAAGUCAAAAUGCAUUCGCUGAGAAUGAGAAUGAGGUCAAUGGUAAUGAUGACAACAUUGAUGAAAUCAAGUCUCAAGUUCCUUUGGCAAACAAAGAUAAACCCACUACUCAAGAUAUCACAUUUACUAGUGUUAAGAAUGCCAUAGGUCUCCCUACAGCAAUAACAGCACCAUCAGGUGGCUCUAGACAAAGGUUCCGUGAUGUGUUUCGAAGAUUUUUUCGAGGAUUCUCACUACAUAAGCAUCGAUAA